AUGACGACCAGCCUCCAGAAGCAGCUCGCGGGAAUCGCAGCUUCGAGCACCCAUCAGCUCGACCUGAGGGCCCAGAAGACCGCCCACGGCAAGUCGCUGCUGUUUGAACCCAGGAUUGCCGCCUCCCAGGACUUCAACACCAUCUACCAGAUAUGCCAUGAAGGCUUCCAGGAGCUAUGCAUGCUGGAUCCUCGCUUCGCCGCCUUCGCGCAAAACCUGUUCAGCGAACAGAGCAAGACCGAGGACAGGACCCAAAUGACCAAGAAGGAGAACGAGGAGCUCGACCCUGUCCUGGAGAGCUUUCUCGGUCUGGUGGGUGCCAGGAUAUUGCUGAAGCCUGCUGUCAAGGCUGUCGAAUGGCUGGUGCGCCGCUUCCGUAUCCAUGAAUACAACACCGAGUUUACCAUCUUGACCUUCCUCCCGUAUCACGGCACUCCCGUCUUCCUGAGCCUUCUCUCCAUCCUGCCUAAGAAGUUCUCGCCUACCUACCGAUUCCUCUUCCCGUACAUUACCUCGCUCGCGAGCCCGCCGCGUCAAACCAUCGUUUACACAGCCACUCACACCCCGGCCUUCCUGUCGGCGCUCAAUUCCUAUGUUCUGAAGGUCACCAAGGCUCAUCAGCAAUCGCCAGCCCUCAUCUCCUUCUGGGCUAGUGUGACCACUCAAGCCAUUCACGGCAUGUUGGACGAGGCCAAGGCCGGCAGAGGAAACGUACAGCGUCAGCGCGAGGAGGAUGUCAUCCUGCGCAUUCUGCCCGUGCUCAACGAAGCUUUGACCCUGAGAAACGCGCCGGAGUUGAAGAUUGGUUGCUACAUGAUUAUGACGGUCAUGGCAACCAAGGCUUCGCUCGAGGACAAACUUUUGAAUGGAAUGAUGGAAGCGAUCACUUCUAGCUGGACUCCAGAAACGCUGAGUGACGCCUUGACUUCCCUUGCAGUUUUGGCCCAAGAGCGACGGGUUGGGAAACUGCCCAAGAACGUCCUGAGGAGUACUCUUAAAUUGGAUCAAUUGGCCGCCAGGUUUCUGGUCCUCUCCCAGCGGUGUCGUGCUGACAAGCUGGCUUUUGGUUGCGUUCUGGGAAUAAUGGAGAAGUAUGGCAAGUCGGCCUCUCAAGACAGCUCGGCACGGCUGGAUGUGGUGGAGAAGACCUUGCACGCCGAGAUUUACGACGAUCUGCAAAUCCGUAUGAUAGUCAAGUGGCUUCUUGUCACCGUUCACCGGAUCAACUUGGCCGCCGAUGUUACUUCUGAGCAGCGAAACCUACUGGCCGAUCUGAUAAUCCGCCUCAACCAAUCGCCCGACAUUGGACAGACUAUCGCAAAGGUCAUUGAGAGUGAAGGCAUGAACGUCGAAGAGCUGGAAAUGCAGCUCAAGACUGUUCUGCGGCCAGCUUUGGAGCUUAAGAAAGACGAGGACGAAGACGUCGACAUGGAGAAUUCUCAAGCAGCGCUUCCAGAUGCAGUUGAGGACGUGCUCUCCACCCUGCCCUCUGAGGCAUCGGAGGAAUCGUUCUUGGUUUCUCAUGAUUCUACGACAUUCGAGGCUCUCUCAAAAGCAUUUCUGCGGUGCGUGUCCUCCAAGGAGUCUCUCGAAAAGUUCUCGCAGGUUGCUCUCUUCUCUGAGAAUGACUCGCGCUAUCUGACUUUCCUUGCUCGGUUCUGGUGUGGAUCGUAUCCAGCUUUGGCAAGGAGUACUGCAUUGAGACUGGCAACGCAAUGGUUUGGCGCGCUACAAGACGACAAGAUCGACUUCCAGGCUCUCAUCCCCUACGUCGUGAGCGCUCUUGCAGAUAGCUCGGCUGGUGUCCGCAAAACUGCCGCAGAAUGCGCUGCAGUUCUUUCCGGAAAAUUCCCCGCGAAGAAAGGUGCUAAGGCUGUUGUCUGGGGUCGCGAGACGAUUUACGGGAACUCUUCCAAGUCCAUCAAGUGGCUCCCUACUGAGGAUGCUGCUAAAGUGCUGACUGCCGCUGUCCUGCCGACCUUGGAAGAAUGCGCCCUGGAUGCGAACCACAUAAAACAAGUCUUCCAGACAGCAAUGGAUGACAAUUCUCACAAGCAUGGGGGUGCCCCGGCGCAUGGUCCGGAGUUCAGGUCUUCCCUCAGAAGUUCUCUUUGCGGCUUUCUGAGCAGUCACGCUGUGAACACACCGCUCCUUGGAAUCAGGCUGCGCCUGUUUUCGUUCUUUGAUCAGGUCGGCAAGAGUGGGUCAAGCUCUCGUAUUCAGAUCAUGCUCCCCGCUGUAGAGAAGUGGCUCUCCCUCUCUAGAGCUGAAGCCACUGCUAUCUGCAGCAUUGAGUCUCUCGAUCUAGUGGAGGUUGACCUACUUCAUCUCCGCGCAAUUGGAUCUCGCGAUUCAGAGGGAUUGCACUUGCUGCAGAGAAUUAUCGAGGGCAAGUUUGGAACGGAUCGACCCAACAUCCAGGAGGCCGCUUUCGAGCGCCUACGCGCAAUCUGGUCCUCGUUGAAGGGUGGCAUGAAGCGGGAGGCAGCUCAAUUCUUGCUGGGUCUUGCUCUCGAUUCGUCAAAUGACGCACUUGUCAAGACUAGACAAGAGAAUGCUCUCGAGACCUUGAGGACCGUCGAACUACCCACGGAUGUCCUCGUUUCCUUCCUUGAUGACAUCCCGAAUGCCGUGCAACUCCCAGAGAACCCACCCGCGGCAAAGCGGAGGAGAACGAGCAAGGCUGAGAUGGCCCGUUUCGAUCCUAGGGAUACUGAGGAGACGACGAAGGCUCUGGAGAAACUCACCUUGGUCCUCGAACUCGUCGAAAGUUCGUCUCCGGAGAACCAUCCUGCUCUGCUACGCGGCUUGUUCCACAUUCUUGGUGAGCUUCAGCAGUACAAGGUCCAGACAAGCUCCAGCCUGGUUUACCUCCAGAGCCUCAUCAUCAGUUCCCUUCUCGCUAUUGUCGACAGGAUGAAGGCUACCGGCGCAGAAAUCGAGCAAGCAGCUAUCCGCGCCGAUCUUCUAGUCGAAUGCGUUCGCCACACGUCCAACCCACAGGUCCAGAAUGCGGCACUCCUGCUCAUUUCUAGUCUGGCUACAUGCGUUCCGGAUGUCGUGCUUCACAGCGUCAUGCCAAUCUUUACCUUCAUGGGCUCUUCGAUCCUUCGCCAGACUGACGACUAUUCCGCACAUGUGGUCGACCAGACGGUCUCCCGCGUAGUGCCGCCCCUUGCUGCAUCACUUCGCAAGAGGAAGAGGGAUCUCGUUCUCGGCGCUGCUGACCUUCUGCUCAGCUUCACUGCGGCGUAUGAGCACAUUCCUCUCCACCGUCGCCUUGGUCUGUUUGGACAAUUGACCAAGAAGCUUGGCCCUGACGACUCUCUUUUUGCAAUUCUCGCCAUGCUUCUCGAAAAGUAUCCCGAGGACGCGGCAGUCCGCCGCUUCGCCGUUGAGCUGAUGAGGAUGUUUGAUCCUGUCACCAACUUGAAGGCGUCCAGGCGGUACCUCGAGCUUAUUGAAGAUGCACUGAAGCCUAAGCGUACCAUGUCUGAAGUCCUCUUCUCUCUCAGUGAAAAGGACGCGGACCAAAUCCAGGAAACAGGUGUCACUCUCCUCGAAGCGCUUUCAUCGCUCCUUCAGGACAGCUACCUCCGCAACAGGGUUCUGAGAGUCCUGAGGGAGGACAACGAGGAUGCUACGGCGGUCCGCAAUGUUUUCACUCAGCUUCUUGAGAAGACCAUCGAGAUGUCCCAGCAAUUCAAGCAGCAGGAGGAUCUCAAGGACGCUUGUGGCCAAAUACUCUCCAGUCUCCUUCAUCUCCUGCCGACCGCCGAGCUCGUCAAAUCUACAGACACCCUGCUCGGCCAUGCAAGCGACGAUGUUCGUCGCACGGCUCUUCGCGCUGUGGAGGCUCAGGCAAUCAACGUCAAGCAAGGUGAUGCCCCGGCCAGGAUCGCGCUGCUUGAGUUCUUGCCUCGCAUCACAUCCGUCAUCCAGAAAUCCGCAGAUAUCAGCCUCAAACACACGGCCGUUGCUUGUAUUGACCAGAUUUCAGAGAAGUUUGGCAAGAAGGAUACUGCUGUCGUCGCAACAGCAGCCGAAGUCGUCGCUGGCGAUCAAGCUCUUGGUGCCUCUGAAAACCGUCUGCGCGUCAUGUCUAUCCUUUGCCUUGCGUCUACCGUCGAAAUUCUGCAGGAUGACUUCAUUCCUCUCAUCCCGAAGGUUCUCCCCAAGGCUUUCGUCUACCUGGAGGAGAGCAUCAGUGCAGGUGCCAAAGGAGACAGUCUACACAACGCUGUGUACUCGCUUCUGUCUUCCAUAAUCGAGCGCAUUCCCUACAUCUUCUCGGGCUCUUACCUCGAUUCGGCAUUGCAACUCUCGCACAAAUCGGCCGCUGCUGAACUCAGUGAUGAAGCGGAUGAGAACCGUAAACAGUUUUACCAUCUGGCUGCCAGGCAAAUUGACGCGAAGGACUGCUUCACUGCACUCGACCGCAAUUGGGACAGCUCGGUUCAGGCUGGCUUCCCGGCGCCGAAGGAACACCUCUCUAUGCUGCAUGCGGCUCUCGAGGCACACCCCAAGUCUGUCGUUGGCAAGAGCGCACAGACGCUAUUCAGCUUCUUCUUCAAGGCGUUCGAUCUCCGUCGUACUCAGCUCGAGAAGAAGCAAAGCAGUUCUGACGCCAAUGAGGACGAGACCCUUGCCGAGAUCAAGGAGUUGGAGGAGCAGAUCAACUCAGUUGCUCUCACCAUGGUCAUGAAGCUGAACGACGCGUCCUUCAGGCCCUUCUUCGUCCGCCUGGUCGAGUGGGCCGCCGCCGCUCUGCCCAAGAAGGAGACCCGCGGUCGCAUGCUGCGUGCGACCAGCCUAUUCGUCUUCCUUGACGCCUUCUUCGACAAGCUCCGCAGCAUCGUGACCAGCUAUUCCAGCUACGUGCUCGAGCUUGCCGCUGAAAUCCUGAGCCGCAAGGCUACCGACGUCGAGGAGUCGGCGCUGCUGCAGGCUGUCCUAGGAGCGUUGACGAAGAGCUUCGAGAACGACGAAGACGACUUCUGGACCGCCCCCUCGCACUUCACCACCAUCUCCACCCCCCUCCUCACCCAACUCUCCGCCUCCUCGUCCACCACACCAACCCCCCUCCUCACCCACACCAUCCCCGCCCUCACCGCCCUCGCCGCCGCCGCCUCCCACGCCGCCGACCACCACAAGGCCCUCAACACGGCCGUCCUGCGCCUCGUGCGCGCCGACGCCGCCGCCACGCGCCUCGCGGCGGUGCGGGCGCAGCGCGCGCUGACGGACGCGCUCGGCGAGGAGUGGCUCGCGCUGCUGCCCGAGAUGCUGCCGUUCAUCAGCGAGCUGCAGGAGGACGACGACGAGGAGGUGGAGCGCGAGACGCUGCGGUGGAUCGCGCGCAUCGAGGAGAUUUUGGGGGAGAGUUUGGAGGGCAUGUUGCAGUGA